AAAAAAUAAUGAUGAAAUAAGACUUAGAGAAGAAUAUUUGGGAAUGGGUUCCUUGUCACUAUGAUGUAAAGAGAAUAGUAAAGGAUACUCAAACUUCUUGGAAUUUGAGUCCAUAAAUAUCAUUAAAGAUUCCAGCAGAGAAUGGGACAAUAGAUCCAGUUAUAAACAUCAAGAUUGAUUAAAGCAGACCUUUCAUAUACUCAGAUAAUUUAGGAUGGAAUUGGCAUAAGAGUUGGAACCUUCCAGAUAUUGGUUUGGAAAUGGAAGUAUUAUUUAUUUAUAGUAACUUUAAAUAGAUUACAGACCCGUUGACAAAUGAACGUCUUGCCCCUCCUAAUAAUAUUUAUGUACCAAUUUCUAUUAUAGAAAGUGUAAAUUGUAAAUAGUAAAGCCGAUCAUAACUCCAAUGAAGACUCAUCAUCUUUUGGAAGUAGGUGCCAAAGGAAACCUUAAAGUUGAUAUGGAGAAUGGGAAAUGUAUAUUCUCUGGACUUAAAUUUAACACCACUUCUUAUAAUCAUGAUGUAUCAUAUUUCAAAAUAGUAUCAGCAUUAACGAUUCCAUAUAGUAAUUACAUUGUACUUGUGUUAGAGUAAGUUUGAGUUUCCUCAAAUCUUAGAUUCUCGUAUCUCUCCUCCUAUUUUUGUAGAUUCACGUAAAUCUGCUAGAGACAUUGUUAAAUAGAAGGUAAAAAUUUAAUUUAUUAUCAAUUAGAUCUAAAAAUUGCAAUCUUAUUUUGACCCAUUUUAACCGAACAAUUUAGAGAAAUAAUUUUUAAUUAUCAAACCAUCUAAUUCUGAAGUCAUUAAAAAUUCUAUAGAUGGUCUUAUUAAUUAUUUUACUGCUCCAAAUAUUAGACAUAAAGUAAAACAUCCUAUUUUCUUGCUACUUAAGUUUAGUGCUUGUAUAUAGUUAUAUGUAAACUCCAUCAAAAUUAAAUUUACAGAAGUAAGCUUAUUAAUAUUAUUUUAGCCUGAUAAUCUAAUUUAAACAUUAUAACAUGUUCUUUCUACUAGCAAUGCAUUGUAAGGAAUUCAAAAGAUUGAACAAAAACUCAUUCUAUUAUAUAUUGAUUGUAAAACUAAUGAAUCCAAAUCUUAAUAGAAUUUAAAAAAAAUUUAAGAAUUUCUUGAACCUCUCAAUAAUGAUUGCGUUUAAGUUAUUAUGGAUAUCAAUGAUGUGCCUAAAGGAUUUAUUCUAAUUGAAAAUUUAGUAAUUCUUCACCUACAUUAUAGGAUGAAAUGCAAUAAGCCUAUCACAGAGUUUAUAAUUCUUUAUUGAAAUACAAAAGGGAAGAUGAUUAAUAUGAUCAAGAAUAAUUAGAAGAAGAGUAUAAUGCUAAAAUUCCUGAAAAAAAAAAGAAAAAAGAACUUAAAGAACCUGAGUAAUUAGUGAAUCCAGAAAGAAUAAGAAAAAUCAUCCAUAUUUCAGGUAAUAUUCCAAAUCAAAGUCCAAAUUCGAUGCCUGAACAAGAUAGUGUAUUUUUUAUAUAUUAUUAUCUAUAGAACCAAAUCAAAAUGGAACAAUUCUCUUUACCAAAUAAUAUUUCAUCAAGACUUUAAACCUAAGAAUAAUCCUAAUAAUAUUUGCAGUAAUAAUAAUUGCAAUAAUAAUAACUAUCACAGAAUUUAGCCUUCAAUCCAAUGUCAUUAUGGUUAUAUCUAUAAAAACUUCCUUCAUGA